GAUGCAUGGGAGGAGACGGUUCGUCUUCUUCCCUCCUUUUUUCAAAUUUUAAGUUUUUAGGGCAGAAGGCAUCGUUUCGCCUUCUGCUCUUUCUCUAUAAAUGAGAGACACUCUCUCUCUCUUCUCCACACUUUGCAUAUUUUUAAAAAAAUUUCUUGAGUGCUCUGAUACUGGCUGCUAAUUUCCUUCUAGUUUUCUUGCAUCCGGCCUUGUGAGAUCAAGUACAUACGGCUACCGGUUGGGUAAUUUCUCUGCAAUUUUUCUAAGGUGCCAGAUCUUUUUCUUCAUUCUCUUUUACUUCUUUCUUUUUGAGGAUUUGUUGAAUGUUUUCCCCAUCCAGGUGGUAAGCCACCUGGGAGGUCUAGACCCAUUUCCAAGUUUAGACUACCUUUUUUCUUUUUUCUUUCAAAUAACAAGGCUUUUAAAGCAUCCCCAUCCGGUAUUACACUGCCUGGGUAUUUGUUUUGUUAAGUGAUGAUUUCAAAAACCCCAACCGGUUUUAAAGCCGGUUGGGUCAUCAUCCUUGUCUUUUCAUGACCUUUUCAAAUUUUAAGGUGCAUUCAAUGCACCCCCGUCCGGUGACUCACCGUCUGGGUAUUGUUUGAACGACUCACCGUCUGGGUAUUGUUUGAACAGGCCUUUUUGAAACAGGUCUUACUAUACCCUCAUCCGGUAUUUUACCGUUUGGGGUAUGGUUGACUUUAAAUGUUGUUUGCAGCUCCUACAUCCGGUAUUUUUACCAAAUAGGGUACCUCUGCCCCAACUUCUUUGAUACCGUCUGGGGUAUCAUGGAGUGAGCCUUACAUUUCUUUUUACUAUUUUAACCAAUGCUUAUUUUCCCCACCCCCAUCCGGUUUUAUACCGUUUGGGGAUACUUCUAACCUAGCUCACUGAAUAUCGUUUGGGGUAUUAUUUAGUGAACUUUACAAGUUAUCUUGCUAAGUUUACAAAAAUGAAAGUCAUAACCCCCCAUCCGAUCUUAUACCGUCUGGGGUACUUCUGACCUAGCUCACUGAAUACCGUCUGGGGUAUCAUAGAGAGCUUUACAAUAAUCUAGCUAGCCUUUACAAAAAUGCAAGUAAUAACCCCCAUCUGGUCUUAUACCGUCUGGGGUAAUUCUGACCUAGCUCGCUGAAUACCGUAUGGGGUAUCAUAGAGACUUUUACAAUAAUCUAGCUAGCCUUUACAAAAAUGCAAGUCAUAACCCCCAUCCGGUCUUAUACCGUCUGGGGUACUUCUGACCUAGCUCGCUGAAUACCGUGUGGGGUAUCAUAGAGAGCUUUACAAUAAUCUAGCUAGAUCUAAACAAUCACAGGCGGUAAAUGCCGUCUGUGGUCUCUUUGACUGAGCUUAUGAAUAACCGGCUAACUUGUGCUUGUGUCUUUUCAGCUUAAAACACAUUCGUGGAGUUCUCCGCCUGAGGUGACUUCAAGCCCAUUUCCACAUACCAAGCUUCAAAUUCUAAGGUACCGUCUGUAUCCUUAGUAAUUCUUUUCCCUUUAUUUUUCGGCUGUGCAUAUAGAGUUAGGACAUGGACUCCACCAAUAUAAACACGGCACAGCCUACGACAGUGGUCAGCCGGUCACCAGGGACGGCUGAGUCUAGGACUGGGACUGCCAUCUGGGGGUGCUUGGGACAACCUUCUCCUACUUCGAAUCCGACCGUUUCUAUUCAUGUGCAGAACAGAAUGGCUCGGAUUAGAUGGACGGCAGUAGAUCCGGACUACAAGUCUGAUGACACAGCCGUAGAUCCGGCUGACCAUUUAGAUGAUGAUCAGAUGGAGGGACCGUUUGAGAGGGUUCUAAAUGAAAAUACUCCGCAGGACUCCCCGAGUGAACCUAGCACACCGGGUGAUAGCAUAUUAGGUAGCUCUGGUUCUAAUGCCGAGAAUCCGGUGAAGGAUCAGAUGACGAGGGGUUCGACUCAGAUGAGGAGUCUCCUGGAACGGCUGCCCCUAUUGAUGAGGACGCCUAUAAGUGGCCGGCUACAGGCGACCCUAUUGACAUGACCAUAUCCGCCAGGGAUGUGGUUACUCUAAAUGCAACACUACCUACUUUCUUGGAGAAGAAGCCUGUAGGGGAGGACUGGGAAGUGGUUGUCCCGUCUGUAGAGGUAAGCGUCGUUUGGACCGACGACGUAGACAAUGCCGACAACUACUUCGGCUGCUAUGAGGCGGCGUUCACAGCCGGCCUCCGUUUCCCCCUUUACCACUGCAUUAAAGCCAUACUAAGGGGGUAUGACUUGGGUGUAUGGCAGUUGACUCCUAACUUAUGGGUCAACAUUCUUGGAUACAUUGCCGCCUGCGAGAUGCAAGAGGUCAAACCAAGCUGGGAAUCCUUUGCACACAUGCAUUAUCUCAGCAGGGCGCCGGGUGGGUGGAAUGCAUGGUAUACUCUAACCACGCACCCGGAAUAUAUGAUGAUGUUGGACAAACCGUCCAAAUGGAGUAGCUGGAAGAGCAAAUUUUAUGUCGUUUCUUCACCAUCUCCUCAACUUAAUCGCCAGCUGCGUAGAUACAAUAAAUACCCACCUUAGCACCAUGCUUCCUAAGAGUAGGUUUUUAUUAUUCACCGGCCUUUGCCGCCUGAUAUUGGUACUUUAUAUUGCAUAUUAACCAUUCUUCUUUUGUUUUUGCAGAAGUUGCGAUGGAGAAGAUACCAAAAGAAAAAACACCGGUUAACUCAGCCGCUCUGCUUCGGAAGGAGCAAAUUGAGAAGAAAAAGUUGCAGCUGGCGGCUAAAGACGGCGGGGCCGGGAACAAAGUUGUUCCUCGCUCGUUAUCUAAGAUGGUCAAAAGACCGGCGGGGGACAUUCCUUUGCCUGCUGCUAAGGCACUGAAGAUGCGGGUUCCCCCGCCAGCUAAGUCUAUUCCUAAACCGCCUGCAGGAGGUAGGCCCACCACUGCAGGCAAGAGCCUUAGUGGAAUUGUUCCCACAAUUGAAGUGGUGGAUGAGGGUAUAAAGGAGCCGGUGACUCCGGCUGGCCAGACUCAAACGGGUACUGGCUCAAACGCGGCUGGGGGUGAUACUACCCCACAGUUCGAUAAAGAUGCUACCUCCAGUCGGCCCAACUAUCAACAGUAUGCCAAGAGGAUGAUCUGGACCCUAACCCGGACCGAGAAAGAGGUUGUGUCGGCUGUGCAUACAGUCAACAUUGACCGGAUCACUUCUCUCCUGGCUGAAGUAAUUUUACCGGAUGCAUCACCUUCUUGUAAUUUCUUUGUUUGCCGCUUUAGUUGUUUGAAAAUAAUUCUAACAUUCCUCUACCGGCUGAUAUCACAGGUGAUGCUGAGAGUUGACGGGCUUCAGGUCCCCUUGCGCAAGAAGCAAGAGGAGGUAAGGGAUGCCCAGAGACGGGCAUUUGAGCUCAUUGAUGUUUCCCAAUACAAUGCCAUUAAAUAUGACAUGGAAAAUAAACGGCGAGAGUUGGAAUAGGAGGAAUUGCUGAAGCAAACUAUUGAGGCUGCUGAGGCGGAAAAGGCGAGGGCGGAUGAGCUAGAUCUGAAGGUCAAAAAUCUCCAAGCCGAUCUCAAGGCUUUGGAAGGAGAUGACAAGGAAAACGUCGACCUUCGCGCUGACAUCAAUCGGCUCAAAAAUGAACUUGCUUCUAGUCAGGCGGCUCAUAAAGAAGAGCUUCAAAAAGAACAACGCCGCCUAAUUGCUGAGGACGAGACCGACAUUGAGGAGCGCAUGAAGCUUGCCUGGGGGCUCAUACACCCGAACUAUGACUACGAGUUAUUCGACCUUAGGUAUAAGUAUGCCUCAGAGGUAUAUGAUGCCAAGGUCCUUGGACUGGACCCGCCUGCUUCCUUCAAGGAGUAGGCCGGUUUGGUCGAAGAAGAGCAACAAAAGGGUGAGCAGCAGGCGCAGACUCAAGAGCCGGCUCAGGAGCAGGUGCAGGAGCAGCAGUAGCCGGAGCAACAACAGCAACAGGAGCAGCAAUGAAUCUCUCUUUUUUUUUAUAUAUAACUUCUUUUACCGGCCUGCGUGCCGUGGUCAUCAAUGUACUUUGCUCAGACAAGGGUCCGGUUAACAUUUGAAAAUUUUUGUAAUUUACUGGCCGACGUAGUCGGUUUUGCUAUUUUAUAUUCUCUCUAUUGCAUUUAAUUUUUAUUUAUACAAUUUCUACAAGUAUUACAAAGCUUUAACUACUCGUCUGGUUAAUAUUCUUUCAAAGUAGAAUGGUUGUUUAUUUAUUCCAACGGUAAAUGAGCAGUCGUUCUAUUUUUCGCCGGAUGAAGCGAUGGUACCAUGAUAUGCCCCUAAAAUGGCUAACUGUGUACUCCAACGGUAAACAGGCAGUCGUUUCAUUGGCAGCCGGAUGGGUGAUCAAUGGUUGAUCUACUUCUAUUCCGGCUGGUACAAUAAAAUGCGCCUGAAAUGGCCGACUGUUUACUCCAACGGUAAACAAGCAACCGUUUCAUUGGCAGCCGGAUGGGUGAUCAAUGGUUGAUCUACUCCUAUUCCGGCUGGUACAAUAAAAUGCCCCUGAAAUGGCCAACUGUUUAAUCCAACGGUAAACAGGCAGCCGAAUGGGUUGCAAAAACCGUUUGGUUGGCUUUUAGAUAAAACCCGAUUGCAUUAACCCACUAGGAUUUUUACUUUGCCGGAUGGACCACUUUUGGGUCCUUGCUGAUGAAUCCUAGAUGCGAAGGAUCAUUUCUAACGGCUGCGAGUUUCUUUUAAGUAAAUGCCGUUUAAGUCAUUUGAUCGCUAGAACAAUGUACCACCCGGAAGGGAGCUGUUCUCUUCAACGAUUUCACCCGGAUGGGUGUCGCCGGAUGACUGCUCUUUUUGGAGCAGUGGUUUUUAAUAAGUGUUCUUCUGUCUGUGUUUUUGCACUAGACAGGUGCUAAUACAAUUGUAUGAAUGGAAACUAUAUGCUUUCACAUUUCAAUACUAUUUACAAAAAAUUACAAAUUCCUUAGAAGUAGUACUUUUUCAAGUUAUCUACAUUCUAGGUCCGAGGCAGCCGCAUGCUGUCUGGGGUUUCCAGGCGGUAUGUGUCGUUUUUAACUUCUUCAAAAAUCCGGUAGGGUCCUUCCCUGUUUGGGGUUAGUUUCCCUUGUUCGUUCGCCCUAUCGGUUGCCUCAAGCUUUCGUAAAACAAAAUCUCCAACUUUGAGGGGGCGUUUGCGCACCCUUUUGUUGUAGUCCCUCAUCAUUCGCAGGCGGU